UCUCGCCAAUCAUGUACGACGAGCGAUGAGCGCAAGCCAAUCAGAGCCAGGCGCAGGCCCAGGGCGAACCUGUCGCCCUCACUUCACUACCUCUCUGGCAGACUUUGCUCUACCCACUCGCUCGGCCUCACCAUCGCCUGCCGUCCUCUCUCCUCUGGCAUCGACGACGGCAGCUGGUGCCAGACCAACACAACAACGCGGCUUGGGCUCCUACGCACUGCGACCGCGCUCCUCGCUGUCCCGCAACAUCAUCACAGCAGCGCCCGACGAUGGACAAGACGACGAAGAUGACGACGGAGGGCGCAGCACAGCCAAAGGAGGGUACGACGAUCGUGGGCCCACAUCCUCCUCUUCUUCUCCCUUUCAACCACAUCGUCAGCCUCGAAGCCCCUCUCAUACGACGUCCUAUCGCUCGGCGGCAGAUCGCGAUAGAAGCCGCGAACGUCUCACAUCCUCCUACUCGCGCAUGGGAAGCAACCCUCCCCUCUCCCCUCGUUCGAUGCGCGGUGGGGAGCGUGAAUCGCCCUUUGCCCGCAGUAUGGGCAACAGGCAGAGGGCGAGCUCGCCAAUGUCCCGUCGUCAACAUUUGAGCCCUGAGCCUUGGAGUACAGGCGUGGAUGCAGCAUCAUCGUACGGAGGGGAAGACGACGUGGAGCUGGAUUUGGACGGGAUGGAUAUGAGGAUGGAGGAGGCCGAGGAUGACGACGAGGAGUCUACGGCUAGUUCCCCGACAAAGCGAGUUGCGGUGCAGAGGGCUGAGAACCACUCACUCGCACCUCGAGGUAGCAAUGCAGUAGCGCCGCCACUACGGCGUGUCCUUCAACUCCUCAAGGAAGAGUCUAAACCUGGCGAAGGGGAGGUAGCAAGCGAAGCCAAAGUCACAAAACGCCUAGGCGCCAUCAACGAAGCGGCUGCGGCCUCUCGCAGUAUGCGCGAAGGUAGCCCUUUUGCUACACCUUCAUCCUCAUCUUCUACCCUCGUCCACGACGCAGAUGCCGCCUCGGGCAACCUCAGCGUCUCGCAAGCGCACGCACAGGCACAACGCAAUGCGGCCUUGUCCUCUGGGGACGACGAUCUGCUCGACAAUGUAGGCUUUGAGUCCUCUUCUGAUGCAUUGAGCAGUCCUUCCUCAAAUGAGGGUGACGAGAUAGACUCAGAUGCCGGAUACGAGCCUGCGAGCACGCCUGCCUCACUGCCUGACGGCCCUGAUGGUGCCACACUGGAGCCUGCCAACGACAUGCAAAUGGACGAGGGAGACGAUGAGGCUAUGCAAGACGAUAGCGCGAGCGCUGAUGCUGGGAGCGGGCUUCUAUCGACUACACCUCUGGCCGGUCACAAUGCUGGCCCCGCCUCCUCGUCCACCCUCUUCCCCAGUUCGGCCAUCUCGACUCCUCCACCACGCUUUUCAACCCCAUCUCUCCCCUCGUCAGCCAACGUCUCUCCGGUCAAUGAGCGCGGCGGCGGCUACCCCUGGGAUGCACGUCAGCACCCACUCAAUCGCGGCUUGACAGAGGCGCCACGCACCCCAAUGGGGCUGAGCGCUCUUGCUGCUGGGCUUGGAGGGGAAGCAGCACCGGCUGCGGCGAAUCACAGCCUCUCCAUCUCAUCUCCCAGCACCUCCUCCACCACUUCGACCCCGACCCAACCCUCCACCACCGGGCCCAUGCGUGGCGGCAUCUCAACAAGCAGCACAACUGGCCGCAAGAGAACGGGCUCAGCAUGGACCGACUUCCGCAACUCCCCCGGCCAGACCUCAUCUUCCGCCGCCACGGGAAGAGAUGGUGCCACGCCUGGCGGAAGCGCAGGCAGCUUAGGAGCAGGAGGAGCAAGCAGCUACGAUCGCAAGCAACAUCGUCUGCACGGCUAUCAGGCGAGCUGGCAUGCUCGGCAUCACCACCAUCAUCAUCAUCACAGUAAAGCGAAGGAUCUUGCACUGGCUGCCGCAGCUAGUCGUGGCCUUUCCACAUCGCCCGCCGCGAGCACGAGUGGUGCGUACCCUGGAGGAGUGGCCGCUUUCAAUACAAGCCGAGCCUCUUCUCCCACCUUGGCUAGUGCGGUCACCAGUGCGAGCACGAAGAGGAAGUUCGGCUUCGGCGGCACUGGCUCUGACUCUCCCGGUGGAUCGAGUAGUAGUAGCGGGAAUGCCAACUCGGAGCGCGGUACCAGCGGGGCAGGGGAGCGGUACGAUCCUUACAUAAGUAGCGCUCAUAAACGUCGCGCUCUGAGUCCGUUGAUGAGUCUAGGACUAGGCCUUGGGAGUGGGUCAGGAAGCAUGAGCAGCAUGCAAGCAACAGAAGGUGGAAGCGCAGGAGGCCCAGGAGGUGGAGGGAGCGGUGCGUCAAGCCCCGCAAGGUAUCACGCGCCGCAGUCCUGGUAUCAUCGCAACUCAGUCACUAGCCCGACCGCAACCUUCAAUGGUGGCUACUUCCCUCCAGCUUCCGUCUCCGCUUCUUCGACCUCAUCCUCUACGGCACCCAAUGGCGGCGGCGGCGGCCCGGCUGGAAUUUCGGCCGCAGCUGCAGCAGCCUCAUCAAGCAGUCCACUCCUCUCAGCCGUUGCCCCUCGCCUGGCCGCUCAUAGGGACGCGGCGGCUCAAGCGGCUGCCAAUGCGGCUUGGGGCCCUCUGUCGAAUCUGGAUGGAUUGGGCAUGGGUGGCACCCAGGAUGACGAGUCUCCUGCUGAGGAGCAAGGUAGAGAGGCGGUGCCGACGAGAGCGAUUGCUCCUGUAAGGAGGAGGGAGGGAACACCCACUCGCGCCGGGAGGAGCGGGAGUGGUGGUGGGAGUGGGAGUGGUACGCCGGCCUGGGGCGCAGCAAAGAGUCGGAUGGGCCAACUGCAAGGUGGGACGUCCUUGUCCUCGGUGACGACGUCCGCGGCAGCGACUCCAACGUCAGGAUCUGCAGUGGCGGCGCCAGCGACGGGCAUCCCGCCUUUUGGCGAAGACGAUGCUGGUCUUGGACCGAGCUUGCUGGCGGGUUCAUCUUCGCGGCGUAGAGGAGAGUAGAGAAGCGUUCAGCAGGAGUGUCAAGUCGAACCGGCAUCGUUCAGAGCGGGGGCCGGUGCGGUCAUCAACGUCAUUAUACCAGCCAAUGUAUUCAUUCCUUCUACACUGUUGCUUCUGCCCCUUCUCCUCUCAUUCUAUAUGCUACCCGGCACGCUCACAGCCUCUUUCCCACC